CAACCCCAACCCUAAACCCAACCUAAUCCCAACCCCAUCCUCAACCCUGACCCCAAACCUAAUGCUCACUCCAACCUUAACUCCAACCUCAAUCCCAACCCCAACCGUAACCUUGACCCCAACCCCGACCUCAAACCCAACCCAACCCCAACCCUCACCUUAACUCCAACCCCAGUGCCAUGGCAACCUCAACCCAACCCCAACUAACCCUGACCCCAAACCCAGUGCUGACCCCCAGCCUUAACUAGUCCAACCUCAACCUUAAUCCCAACCCCAGCCCUGACCACAAACUCAGCUUUAACCCCAAUCCCAGCUCUGACCUCAAACCCACCCAACCCCCACCCUCCCUUUAACUCCCAAUCCAGGAGCACUGGAACCCUCUACCAACCCCAACCCAGACCCCAGCCCAACCCCGAUCCCAACCUUAACUCCAACCCAAUCCCAAUGACAAUCCCAGCCCAACUCCAACACAAACCCAACCCCAACCCCAAACCUGACCCCUAACCCAACAUUAACCCUAAUCUCAGUCCUGAUCCCAAACUCAAUUCCAGCCCAAUCCCAAUCCGGAUCACAGUCCUAAUCCCAAUCCUGAUCCCAACCCCAGCCCAACUCCAACCCCAAACCCAACACAACCUCAACUCCAACCCGGACCCCAAACCCAACUCAGAACCCAGCCCUGGCCCCAGCUUCACCCCUUCCCCACGCAGGGUCGCCUCGCGGUGCCCCACAAGCUGCGGGAGGGGGGAGAGGGGGGGGCCGGGAUCCGCCUGGCAGCGUCAAUGGCAGGAACUGGGUGGGGGCCGCAGGGGGGGCCGUCCGGAUGUCCUCCCCGCGGGGUCACCGGGACCACCACCCGCAGCUCCGCCGGGCCCCGCGGCGGCCGCGCUCGGGAAGCUCCGUCUCCUCUCCCGCAGGUCCCGCACCCGCAGCGCUCGUCCCGCGUGGGGCGGCCGGAGGUCCCGACUCCCCCCGCAGCUCCGGAGGAAGCGGCCGCUCCCGCAGCGCCAUGGGGAACCUGCCGGCCGUGCUGCCCGGUGCCGCCCGCUCCUGCGGGCUCUGCUCCCGGCAGCUCAGCCCCGCGCCCGAGGACGGCUCCGGCCCCGACAAGGGCAGCCCGGUGCCCCCCCGGCACGCAGAGCCCACGCGCUUCGCCCGCCUGAAGAACUGGGAGACAGGGAGCAUCGCCUAUGACACGCUGUGCGCCCAGGCCGAGCAGGAGCUGCCGUGCUCAGCGCGCCGCUGCCUGGGCUCCCUGGUGCUGCCCAAGCAGCUGCCGGUGCCCGGCGCCGAGGGCGGCCGCAGUGGUGAGGAGCUGCUGGCUCUGGCACGGGACUUCAUUGACCAAUACUACACAUCCAUCCGGCGGGAGAACUCUGCAGCCCACGUGCAGCGGCUGCGGGAGGUGGAGGCGGCGGUGCGGAGCUCGGGCACGUAUCAGCUGCAGGAGGCUGAGCUCAUCUUUGGGGCCAAGCAGGCCUGGCGCAACGCAGCGCGCUGCGUGGGGCGCAUCCAGUGGAACAAACUGCAGGUGUUCGAUGCCCGGGACUGCGCCAGCGUUGGGGAGAUGUUUGGUUUCCUCUGCUCCCACAUCCAGUAUGCAACAAACCGAGGGAACAUACGGUCGGCCAUCACCAUCUUCCCCCAGCGGGUGCCGGGCCGCGGCGACUUCCGCAUCUGGAAUGCGCAGCUCAUCCGCUACGCCGGCUACAAGCAGCCUGAUGGCACCAUCCUGGGGGACCCUGCCAACGUCGACAUCACUGAGCUCUGUGUGCACUAUGGAUGGAGUCCGGGCAGUGGGCGCUUCGAUGUGCUGCCGCUGCUGCUGCAGGGACCCGACGAAGCCCCCGAGCUCUUCCCGCUGCCAUCGGAGCUGGUCCUGGAGGUGCCCCUCACACACCCCACGCUGGAGUGGUUUGGGGAGCUGGGACUGCGCUGGUACGCACUGCCUGCUGUCUCCAACAUGCUGCUGGAGAUCGGGGGGUUGGAGUUCCCGGCUGCACCCUUCAACGGUUGGUACAUGAGCAGCGAGAUCGGCACCAGGAACCUCUGUGACAGCCACCGCUACAACCUGCUGCAGGAGGUGGCCCUUCGCAUGGGGUUGGACACACGUAAGACUUCAUCCCUCUGGAAGGACAAGGCCGCCGUGGAGAUGAACAUUGCCGUGCUGCACAGCUACCAGGAGGCCAAAGUGACCAUCGUGGACCACCACUCAGCCACCGAGUCCUUCAUGAAGCACAUGGAGAAUGAGUACCGCUGCCGUGGGGGCUGUCCAGCUGACUGGGUGUGGAUUGUGCCCCCCAUGUCGGGCAGCAUCACGCCUGUCUUCCACCAAGAGAUGGUCAACUACCAGCUCUGCCCCACCUUCCGUUACCAGGUGUGCCCAGCCCUGCUUCCAUUCCCUCCCGUUCCCCAUCCCAUCCCAUCCCACCCCAUCCCGAUGAGGGUGGAGACGGGAUGGAAAUGGGGAUGGGAUGGAGUGGGUUGGUGUCAGGAAAGUGAUGGUGAUGGGGUGGUGACACACUCCUCCCCACAGAGCUUCUCCAAGGCACUGAUGGAGAUGUCCUCCCCCUACACCAAUGCUGCACAUGCUGAGCCUCCCAAGAGCUACAAGCUGAGGUUCAACAGCGUCUCACAGUCAGAUCAACUCGUGGCAGCUUGGAAGAGGAAGAGGAGGCAGCUGAGCAACACAGACAGCGCGGGGACACUGGGGGCUCUGCGGUUCUCUGUCUUUGGGCUGGGUUCACGGGCAUACCCCCACUUCUGUGCCUUUGCACGGGCAGUGGACACCUUGCUGGAGGAGCUGGGUGGGGAGCGCAUCCUGCCCAUGGGAGAGGGGGAUGAGCUCUGUGGCCAGGAGGAGUCCUUCCGCACCUGGGCCAAGAUGGUCUUCCAGGCCGCCUGCGAGACCUUCUGUGUGGGGGAUGGAGUGGAGGCGUCCGAGGAGAUCUUCGUGGCUCAGCAGGGUUGGAAGCGCCAGAAGCACCGCCUGGUUGUGCAGCCUGAGGGCACUGAUCUGCUCACUGGGCUGGCCCAUGUGCACAAGCGUAAGGUGUUCCCGUGCACGGUGAUCUCAGUGGAGAACCUGCAGAGUGAGGCAUCCAGCCGUGCCACCAUGCUGGUGCGCCUGGACACGGCGGGGCAGCCCGAGCUGCAGUACCUGCCCGGGGACCACCUGGGAGUCUUCCCCGCCAACCGCCCUGAGCUGGUGCAGGAGCUGCUGGAGUGCGUGGAGGACCCACCGCCCGCCGACGAGCCCGUGCUGGUGGAGGUGCUGGAGAAGGACAGCAGCGGCCGGUUCCCCGGCCCCAAAAGCUGGGUUCCUCAGAGCCGCCUGCCCCCCUGCUCGCUGCGCCAGGCGCUCAGCUCCUUCCUGGACAUCACGGCCCCCCCAAGCCCCCAGUUCCUGCAGCUGCUGGCCACGCUGGCACGGGAUCCAGCUGACCGUGAGCGCCUACAGCAGCUCAGCCAGGACGCUCGUCUGUACGAGGACUGGAAGUGGUUCCGCUGCCCCACGCUGCUGGAGGUGCUGCAGGAGUUCCCAUCCAUAGGGCUGCCUGCCUCCCUGCUGCUCUCCCAGCUGCCUCUGCUGCAGCCCCGCUAUUACUCCGUCAGCUCCGCACCCGACCCCAGCAGUGCCCACAUCGACCUCACCGUGGCCGUGGUCACCUACCAGAGCGAGAACGGGCAGGGCCCGGUGCAUUACGGCGUCUGCUCCACCUGGCUGGCACGGCUGCAGCCAGGGGACACGGUGCCUGCCUUCAUCCGGGGAGCACCCUCCUUCCGGCCGCCCCCCACCCCCGAGGCUCCCUGCAUCCUUGUGGGGCCGGGCACCGGCGUGGCCCCAUUCCGCAGCUUCUGGCAGCAGCGCCUGCAGCACCUGCAGGCAGGAGGCGGCCCAUUGGGCAGCAUGGUGCUGGUGUUUGGGUGCCGAUCCUCCAUGCUGGACCACAUCUACCAGCGUGAGAUGGAGGAGGCGCGGGAACAGGGAGCGCUCAGCCACGUCCUCACCGCGUUCUCCCGUGAGCCAGGAACCCCCAAGACCUACGUGCAGGACGUGCUGCGGACACAGCUGGCAGAGGAGGUGCACCGCGUGCUGUGCGAGUGCGGGGGGCACAUGUACGUGUGCGGGGACGUGACGAUGGCCACCGAGGUGCUGCAGACGGUGCAGCACAUCCUGGUGCAGCAGGGAGGAAUGACCAUGGGGCAGGCGGGGGACUUCAUCAGCGAGCUGCGGGACAAGAACCGGUACCACGAGGACAUCUUCGGGCUGACGUUCCGCACGCAGGAGGUGGCGUUCCGCAUCCGCAGCCAGUCCUUCUCCAUGCUGGAGCGCCCAGCUCCGGGCCCGGCCCCCUGACACGCACCGCCCCGUAAAGCUUUAGUUUUGAUAAGCCCGG